UGCGCGAUGGGGAUUUUACUUGAGCGAGAGUGGGACAGGGAGUGGCGCAAGUGUGGCCCUCUGAAAACGGUUUACUAGGGUGUUUACUUUUGUAGGUUAGGGGCGUUGGGGCGCCAGUCUUAACAUCUGUGGUGAAUGCUGUUGGUUUUUUAAUCCCCAGUGCUUUGAACAGUUGCAGCCGGUUAAUCGUAGAAGCUGGCAUCAAUACAAGUCGCUGGAUCUGGAGCCCACAGUGGAGAAUAAAUUCUACUCCAGCCUGUCCAGCCUGCGCCCCCAUGGAGUUCAAUCAGAACAGAAAGUGCUGCGUAGCAGGCUGCAAGUCCAACUUCCCAGCAUUUACUGCUGGAAUCAAAUACCACAAUUUCCCCCCAAAGCUGGAACUUACUGCGGUUCAACUGUUGAAUGAACAGGGAAACCUUGAAGCGGUGAGCAGGUAUGAGGCCUGGAAACGCAUUCUGCAAUUGAAACAACCGGUCACGAUUGACAUGACCGUAUGCUCAAGGCAUUUUAAAGACGACGAGUUUGAUUCCCCGGAUAAGAAGAGUUUGACCCGCAGCGCAAUCCCCACAUUGAACUUGCCGCCUGCUCCAACCCGAAAGUCUUUGAGAAUCAGAAGCGACGAGGAUCUGUUGAUGCCUCUAAUGCUAAAGGAUCCUUUAGCGUUGUCUCCAACCAGCGAACCCAAGCCCGUUGUGAUAUUAAAUAAGUCGAUGGUGCUACCAAAGUGUAUAAAGUUUGGGCCAGACACUCUAAGCAAAAGCCCCAUUUUGCGGACUCAACUCAAGAGAGCAGCAGGAAAUUCGGCAGACGGUUCUGCCAAUUUAAGCCCUUCGCAGUCCCAGUCCAGCCCGGUGCCAGCUAAAAGGCCACGAGUGGCGGCGAUUGAAAACCGAAAUCAAAGCUCUGCUGCACCGCAAGUUUUCUUUGUAGGGAUAGAUGGCAUUUCAGAACCUAGUCCAGUUAUCCAGUCCGUAAAGAAGCGAGAGGUAAAGAAGCAGGUUCAACCAAACACUCCAGCCGCCGGUAAAAGUCCAGCAAAUCCCAUUAUUUUUCUGAAACAAGUCCCGAAACCCGUGGGGAUUAAGCUGAUGCCAGCGAAGAAUGUAAAACUAAAGGCGAUUAUUACUGACGUGCAACGCAAAGUUAUUGUAGCUCAACCCCUCGACCAACAGGCUACGCCGCGGAAGAAUCUUGGUGAAAAGGCUGCUCCAAGCAGCAAUAACCCUCCUAAAGUGGGAAAUAGUGUGGGAAAGCCAAAGGCACAGCCAAGCAGCGCGAUAAAGCAGUUGGGUGCAACUGCAGGAACAGCGCGGAACGUUGAUAAAGAGAAGCGGGUAAUUUGCUUAAGUUCCGACGAAUCAGACUUAGAAGCAUCAAGGGGUGCUGCACCCCAGAAAGCUUACCACCCGGUAAAAGAGUAUUGCGCCUUUAUAAAUUGUGCCACCCACAUAGAAAAGGCGGCCACUAAGAUGGCAUUUCCAUCAGAUCCAGCGACGCAAAAAGUCUGGCUGGAACGGGCAGGAAUCCGGGCUUCGCUACCAGAGGCCGAGGUGGAACAUCUGUUCAUAUGCGACAAACACUUCAAGCCGGCGGAGUUUUCCCCAUUGAACGUUCUAAAACCAGGCAUCUGCCCUUGGUCUUACAAGGUCUAUAAUGAUAGUUCAGCAAUAGACGGGAAUCCACAUUGGGUGCAGAAGAAAAUGAGGACUAACGGUCGGAGUACUGUAACUUAUUCCGCUGCUAAAGCCAAGCCGAAUACUGGGGGAAUAAGGAGUAGCCCUUCCGAACCACAGUUGGACGUGUGCUGUUUCAAAAAUUGCACACAUUCUGAUAAUACAACAGUGCUGCACAAGUUUCCUGCCUACUUGAACCGUGUGGACAACCCUAGAGUGGUCUACGAGAUACAAAAGCGGUACGGUGGGAAGAAAGUCUGUGGAGACCAUUUAAGUCAUCAGUUUUUCAAAACUGGAAUCUUCAAUGCUAGCGCGGCUGUGUUUCUGGGCUUGCAGAUAUUAUGGAUCGAAAGCAAUCAGAUCAGCAGCGGUGCUUCAGCGGUGAAUAUCGAUGGUUUAGAGGAUUCUGAGCAGGAAGAAUCGCAGGAUCCGGAAAUGUACGUCCCAAUCACCGAAUACUGCGCCUUUAUAAAUUGUGCAACGCAUAAUUUGGAAGCGGCUAAAAAGUUCAAAUUUCCAUUGAAUGAGCCAAUGCGUCAAAAAUGGGGUUUGCGGGCAGGAAUUCCGAGUUCCUUUCCAGUCGACGGGCUAAAAUUGCUGUUUGUGUGUGAAAAACAUUUCAUGAAAAGUCAGUUCACAAGCGACGGCAGUGUGAAACCGCUGGCUGCGCCCACGAGCUACCGCUUGUAUUCAGAUCCUGUUGUGAACAGCAACGGAACAAAUUGGCGACGGAAGAAAAUCCUGACAAACUGCGUUAAAGAUUUCUCUAUCAUUCGACAGCCAAAGUGUUGCAUCGGAAACUGCCAGGAAAAGCCGACGUCAACGUUCCCGCCGCUUAAAGCUCUAGGGUAUCUAAUAAAGCUCAACAAUGUCUCGAGGACCAACCUGGAAUACUACCAAAAGCAGAAAGUGUGCACCAAACACCUCCAUCACAACUUCUGCGAUAAAACUGCCUUAUCCAAAGCGAGCGCCCUGCUCACACCGUCCUCAACCCAAGAAGUUCUGGAUCGAAUAACCAAUGAAGCCAUCAGUGGAUCAGGCGGCGAGGCCGCUCGGAAGCCCGACGUAAUUAACCUAUGCAAUGAAGAAGAUUCUGCGGUAAAUGCUAGCGCCAGCCCUCAAGCAGUCUAUAAACCAAUGAGACAAUACUGUGCCGUUAUAAACUGUGCCACUCACCUGAAAAAAGUGGCGAGAAAGUUUCUAUUCCCAACAGAGAAAGAUGUCCUAAACGCCUGGCGAAUCAAGGCGGGCAUACCGCGUUGCGUUGCUGAUGAGGAUCUCAAAAUGCUCUUUAUCUGCUCCAAUCACUUUAACAGGACGCAGUUUAGCAAGUGGGGCACUUUACUCCCGGGCAGCGUGCCGGAGGACUACAGACUGUAUCGAGACCCUUUGGCUUCCGACUCGCAACCACAUUGGCUGCGGAAAAAGCGCCUCACCAACUGCGCCUCGAAUUUCCCAGUGGUGGAGAAAUGUGCCAUUAAAGAUUGUAAAAACAGUUCAAGAAACAUGAAAAUGUGCCCAUUUCCGUCGCUAAAUGGCUUCAUAAAAUACGGCAAUCUCUCGAAAAACGUCAUCAACUACUACGAAAACAAGAAAAUUUGCAGCCAACACUUGCAGCACAACUUCUUCAAACACAGGCUGCUUAACAUCGAAGCCAUGAAACUUCUUGACCUGAUAGCCAUGAACGUGAAUUCCAAACAGCAGGAGGCGGUUGUUUGGCAGCCGUUCCCGCCCAACAAGCCUGCACAUCAGGAUGUGGACUUUUACGGCGACGUGAAAGGAAAAGCGAUUUUGCGAACGCACAGUAUCGCGUUUCCGCACAUUAAACACGAGCUGAAGUUUGCCGAAGAUCCUUUGGAAGUCGCUAGUAUGUUCCGGUACCGGUUGGAGGCGUUUACAAAAGCAGGGCAAACCGCCACUGUAGCACCCAAACCUGGGAAGAGGGUGCAAGUGCACACCGCCCUGAUAAUCGACGAUAACAGCGAAAAAGCGACCGUCGAAAUGAUUCGUGAGGCCUUUGCGCGAAAAGGCAAGUUGGAUUCUAUUAGAAAAACCUACUGAUGUAUGUACAAAAACUAUUCUAUAUUUA